AUGGGACGAGAUCUCCGUGGGGCAGCUCAUCUCCCUCCCGCCCACCCCCAGCGCCCUUCGCCAGCCAGCCAGCCCCAGCCCCCUCGCAUCUCCCCGUCAUCCCGUUACCUCUUUCCUGGGCCCAGUCCCCCCGUAAGCAGAUCCGGAGUGACUUUCCCUACUUCAGGCUGCAGUCCAAACUACCUCGGUCCCUUCCCACCUAAUUAUAGGGACUUCGACUUCCCCGCCUCUUCUUCUUCUUCUUCUUCUUCCUCCUCCUCCUCCUCAGCGUACCCAACUUGUCUCCCUGGACAUCCCUUUGGGGCUCGGCUGAUGGACCACCAGUUCUCAUGUAGCCAAGAUGAUCUCCUGCUAGCUCAGCCCGACAGCUUGGGGGAUUCUUUGGGAGCCCAGGAAGACAGAAGGGGACCGCCUCAGGAGGUUUAUAGCGCCGCGGAAACUUUUGAGUGGAUGAAAGUUAAGAGGAAUCCGCCCAGAAGAACAGGUGAGUCCUGGAAACAGGCCCCGGUGGAUCUAAUUGGACGAGUAGCUCGCGCUCACGCAACAUCACCGGAUAUUCCAGGUACCACAAGGAAAUCGCAGAGCAGCGUAGGGGAGGUGUCAGUAUCAGCCUCUCCCAGAACCAACUUCACCACCAAGCAGCUGACAGAGCUAGAGAAGGAAUUCCACUUCACCAAAUACCUGAGCCGAGCCCGUCGGAUAGAGGUUGCCUCAGCUUUACACCUCCAUGAAGCCCAGGUGAAGAUCUGGUUUCAGAACCGCAGGAUGAAGCAGAAGAAAAGAGACAGGGAGGGCCCUCUGUGGGGAGACGCCAUGAGCAGCAAUGGGCAAGGAUCCUCCUCUUCAGAUAAAUCAGACCUUGCAUCUCCAACAUCCUCCCCUGGCAGGAACCAUGAGGACAUCACCCCACCACUUUGACUGGUACUGGGAAAGGCCAAUUCCAGUGAGCCAUUUUGCAUUCUUGUGAGGGUCCUGAAGUCCCCAGAAAAUGACAUCUUAAAAGAUCUUUCUAGAGAGGGAAGGGACACCUCCCCCCCCCCGCUCCAAAUGAGUUCAAGGAAAUGGCAAACACCAUAUUGAACUGUCAUGUGAAAUUCAGUACAUAUCAAUUGUUGAUUGAAACAGCUGGUAGAAAUCUAAAACAUUAAUGUAGUAGUCUGACGUUCAGAGAAAUUGAAGAGUUCAUGACAUUGUUGUACCAACAUACAGCUACCCAGGGAACCCAGAGUGAACUGCAUUAAUGAGGAGUAUUCAAUGACAGAAGUUUUGAACUCACACAAUCACAUACCUCCAUCUCUGUCUUCUUUUGCCUUCUCUUCUCCUCCUUUCUCCUAUACAGUUGUUACUAUCCACAUUUCAGUUAUCCCAUAAUUCAAAAGCACAUGUAACAGAAUCUUCAUUACCUGCUCCAUUUUGAAUGUCUAGAUAUUCAGUUUCAUGAUGCAGUUUAAUAUCAUUGUGACUGGAGAAAUUCCCUGUUAUCAAAUCACUUAAGUUCUGGAUAAAUGAGGGUGGGCACUGUGAUUCUUUUAAGGUAUUUUGAAGUUUGUGCAUUGAUUUGCUUCUAAUAAUGUCUUUAUUAGUUUAUUUAGUCAUUUCUUGAUUGAUAAAUAUUCCAGCUGCACAUCCCAAAAUGUUUAGGGCAGGUCUUUACAGGAACUUCUCCAGUGCACAUCCAACUAAAGGCACAAUGCUGACCAUGUACAACUGAUGCACGCUCUACCUAUGGAUUUGCAUUUUCAUAGAAAUGAAGUCCUGAGGGAGGCAUUUGUGGAGUUUUGUCCUUGGGAUCCAUGUGUCCCCUUCACAAGAAAACCCAGAAGUGAAACUCUUUUUGUUAUAUUGGUCUCUCUAACUCACAGACCCAUCUCAAAGGCUUCUGUGACCCAGCAGAAUGUCCUCACCCACCAUUUGAGAAUCACCGAUAAACACUAAUCAGGAUCAGCUCUGAAAGUUAAUUAGACUAAGCUCCACCAUGAUUCCUUUGAUAAGGCAAUGCCCAUUGGUUGUCACCUAUGGUCGGUAAAGUGACUUGGCCAGAUCAAUGCAAAAUCUUUCCCAUCUUCUUUCCUGUGCUUUCAUAAAACAACAAGAAGCAGUUUUGGACUUAGAAAUGAGAAAUGUUGCAGCAAAGCUUUAGAAAGGAUAGUUUGAGGAAAUGGGCCCUAGCUUAAUUCAUCUUAAUGUUGAACAAUAACAGCCCAUCUGCUGGGCAGGUAGAACAUUUGUCCCAGGUGCCGAACUUCAUGGAGUAUUAAGCAGCCAGCUAACUCAGCGAGAGGGAGAAGACUGUUCCUUAGGUCAAUGUGUUCAAGUUCUUUAUUGGAACCAUAAUUAUUAGUUCUUUAUUAGCCAUAAACUAUAACAAUAAUCAAGAGCAUCAAGACGAACAAAUUACAGGUAUAACAAGUCUCCCAAAGAUGCUUUCAGGGAUCAUUUAUCCAUGUUUGCUCUUUUAAAGUAGGAAAGGGCUGGCAAGGAAGCAGGAUGUUAUUUGAAGUAAGACAGGAAGGGCGAGGGGUAGCUAUCCCGAGCAGGAGGACACAAUCCAAGCUGCUCUCCAGAGAACAGCAAAGUCACCCAGACCAGUGGCUGGCAGAGAUACCUGGGGAGAGACUGAUGGACCAUGAAACUUUUACACAAUAUUCUGGGAACAUUUUCCAAGGUAAAAGAACUAUGAGGGCAGCACUAGUAAAACUGAAAACAAAAAGAAUACCCCACAAGGUACAACAGGAAGUUUUAAUGGUGUCAGACACAAUCUCCAUCUAAGAGGUUUCACGCCUGUGCACUUGGGAGUAUUUUUUGCUUAAUUUGCAUCCAUGAUCAAGAGCUCUGUGCCUGAAGCAUUGGGAUUUUAAAAAAUUAUUCCUUAUUAACACUUUCUAUUGCGCCUCAUGAGGUUUUGCUUUUGCUUAACAUUUCCAAAGGAAACCCCAUUGGAAUUAGUGGUGGAUCUCUCUACUGCCUCCACAGCACUUAGUAAUCCAGACUCCUGCUGCAUGCACGGGUGGGUGGGAAACAAUUUCCUCCAAUCUCUCCUUCUCCCAGAAGCACUCUUUAACACCCCUAAAUGUGUCCCUGAGGAUCACACUGCCCUCAGGGAAUAUGUAAGGGCAUUAAAGGAGAGAUGGGCAAAAAAUGCCUCCUCACUGCACAGGCAGCCAGACUCUGGAUUAUUAAGCACUGUGGAGGCAUUCUGCACACAGUGCCUCUGCUCUGUGAGUGAAUAAGUUGCCUAGUAUCUUUAAGAAUGCAUAUUUGGAUAUUAUAUAUAACAGAUGAAAUACAGUAUAUGUGGAUUCCUGAAGAAUGGGAGCUUGCUGAAAGAAAGCCAUGAAUUACAGAGGCAGUUGAAUCUGGUCACCCACCCAACCUGUUUCAGGAAAUAUUUCUCAAAAGGCAACUGAGAAGCAAAACUUCAGUAAUCCAACUUAUAAGAACUACCAAAGUCCUGCAGCUGCUCACCGCUGGCUGAGCUGUAUAACUCUUUGCAGACUGUAAUUUUUUAACUUGUUAUCACUAGUAAUCCACAGAGGCCUUUCCCAAGCCAAUGACCUUUUAAAGCCGGAGAUGCCAGGAAUUGAGCCUGGGGCCUUCUGAGUUAUGGCCCCUCCCUCUGUGGCUCUUGCCCAGGCUUCCCAGGCUCAGAGCAGAUGCGGACUCAGGGGCCUUUCAAAACCAAGCCUUGCAAGCUUUGAAAACUGGGGGUGGGGGCCAGGGAGGAGGAAAGGUUGCCAGCAGCCUCCUCUUCUCUCCUCCCUUCAUGCUUUCUGCAAGGUUUUCAAGGAGCAUGAGGAGAGGAGGAGAAGCACUCCUUGCAAGGGUCAGAUGAUCGGUCCUGAGGAGCUGCUCCAAAGAUAGCUGUGGGGAACCUCUUGCUGUCCUGCAGGCACCACCUCAGAUAAUCUACCUGAGGUGACCACCUCACCUCACUUCCUGAAAGGACCACCCAUGUUACAGCUUGUUAUGUGUAGAAUCCUGGAGACCAAAAAUGCAUAGGUUGCGUUGCCCAUUGGAAAGAAGCAGCUCUGCAUUCACAGAAGCAUAUGGAAGUUGAGAAAGUGAUUACAAAUCAUCUACCUAAGGCAAUCACCUCACCUCACCUCAUGAAGGGACCACCUUUGUCAGGGCUUGUUAGACCAAGAAACCAAAAAUGCAUAGGUUGCCCAUUGGCGAGAGAAAGUUCUGCAUGCACAUAAAUGUAUAGAAGUUGAGAAAGCGGUUACAAAAUAUCUACCUCUGGACUAUCAGAAUAAUACGGGUUUCUAUAUUUAUUAUACAUGUGUAAAGUAGUUUGUAUUGUGUUAUGUUUGACUUAUGUAAGCAAAUGGUGGAAAAAAAAUAUGGGUGAGCAAAUUAAAACCUUGCUUUUGA